UUUCAGAAAUGAACACAUGACAUUUCAGCCGCAGGUUUCUGAGACGACUGAUAAAUAAAUGCAUCUGGUAGUUUAUUUAAUUAAUAAGGUCUUUGUUAUUAUUAAAUAUAAUAUACAAAGAAGAAAACGAAGCGGUGUUUAAAGAAUGAUUAUUGUUAUUGUAAGUUACAUGAGCCGCAGGAGGAAAACAGGCAGUAAUACCAGUUUCAUUUCUGACUCCAUUCGUCAGAACUUCCUCUUAGAUCAAAAUAAAACUGUAUUUUAAUCGCAUGUCACACAAUAAGGUCCACAAAGCUGCAGAGAUGUUUCCUCUCUACUUUGUCCUCGUCGCUGGAAGCUUCUGUCUCAGCUCUGCUGACAUUCAUCAAGAGACUGUGCUGCAGAACACGGUGGCUACACUUCCCUGUCCUCACAAGAAAGGAGAUGUCAUAUGGAGCCGGUAUCUGUCUGGUGACCGGGCGACUCUUGUCACCAUUAAAAAUGGCCUCGAGAAAAAAAAAGACAGACGCUAUGGUUCCCUGGCAGAUAAUUCACUGGUGAUAACAAAUGUUACAUCAUUUGAUACUACGACGUAUUUUUGUAAUGAUUUUCGAGUAUAUCUGGAAGUGACAUCAGAUCCCAGCCCCGUGAUCCCUAAAGCUGGAAAUGUACCAGUUACACCAAGAACCGAUGGACCAGGCCAGAAGGGAAUCACUACAGAGGCAGAGAACCACCAACCAGACUCUUGGAAAGUACCCGUUGGUGUAGUCGUGGUUGCUGCGAUGCUGCUUUUUGUGACUUUAAUCCUGAGAUUCUGCUCUAAAAACAGAGAAGAGAGAAACCCCAAAAUGGACAAAACUGCACCCGAGGUGAUUUACGCGGAGAUAGAAGAUGUUGAGGAGCAGCCAGGGAGGGAGUCUUAUUUUGAAAGUCCGUACUACUGGACAAGAAUCAGUGAAACGCCAAGCACAAGCACCCCCCCCAGUAAUACUCUGUACAGCACUGCUCUGUACAGCACUGUUAACAAGCGACCAGCUGGAGGACACAGCAGGGAGGAGUGUGUGUAUUCCCUGGCCCAAAAUCCAGAAUCCAAAGGAAUGUAGUUAUCUUUUAAUCUGAUAUUAUUUCCAGUGCAGCAUCAGUGAUAUUGGUGAGAAGAGGUGUCUGCACAGAGCCCAAAGGAUAUUUAAAGACAACACCCGCCCCAGCAACAGCCCGUUUCCUCCUGCUGACAUCUGGCAAGCGAUGCAGAAGUAUCCACUCCUGUACCACCAGACUACAGAGCAGUUUCUUUCCUCAGACAUCCUCUGUACGCCGCCAUUAAAAUAAAACAUUUUUUUCUUGUGAAGCAUUUCUUUGUGCAACUCUGUGUUGUUGUAGAAUUAGUGACAAUAAAUUGAUGCAACCUU